UUCAAAAAAUCUUUGAUUUGAAAAUACGUCAAAGCGCGAAUUUUAAAAUUAGCAGUGAAAGGGCCAGACGGCGGAAGAAAAAAAAAGUUCAAAGAGCGGGGCGACAUAUUUAAUUAUUACGGGUCUGGCGUUGAGAAAAAGGCCGUACGCGCGUUGAAUGGUCAGGAAUCGUGGCGUUAGCGUCGCGUCGCGUCGCGCGUGGUAGAGUGCAAGGAUGUUGGUUCGGCAUUGGUGGAGAAAACGAGGGGAGAGCGGAGAAAAUAAAGCGAUGUCGCGAUGAGAGUGGGGAGAAGAGAAGAAAGAACUACUUUUGAUCGCGUAGUCGAGCAUGGGUGUGCGUAACACGGCUCGAGACUGCCCUCCCCGUGUGAGAAAACUGCAAAAUCCCCCGUGAAAUGUUAAUGCCCCGCGCGCUAUGGAUCCGAAGAAAGUAGAAAAAAAUAAAUAUAUAUAUACAUACACACAACGUCGUUAACACGUGAGUAAAGUGAUAGAAAAAAAACAAAAAUUGCUCGCGGAUUACGAAAUAAAAAUAAUGGAGGCCGGCACGUCGAGGACCGAGAUCGCCACAGAGCCAGAACUGUACUUUCUCAUAGCCAAGUUUCUCGAGGCUGGUCCCUGUCGCGAAGUCUCUAAUGCGCUGAAGCGGGAAUUGGAACGAGCUAAGAUUUUACCACAAAGGAUCGAUUGGGAAGGGAAUUCGCAUAAUCAGACUUUCGAAGAGUUGGAAAAAAAGUAUCCUCACAUUGGACCAAGUCAUUUAUUGCAAAUAUGCGCAAGAAUUGGUCCUGUACUGGAGAAAGAAGUGCCGCCAUGCGUACCUGGAGCAAUAUCUCUUCUCGGAGCAGGCAGACAAUCCAUGCUCCGCACAAAAGAAGAUUUCUUGCAACAAAUCGGAGGAAUCGUCGCUUAUUCAGGAAGAUUCGGAGGGAAGCCUUACCUGGACCCGCCUUUGCAUUCAACGAUCCACAAUGUUGUUCGUGCGAUCCAAGGGCGAGAAAAUUCAGGACCACUCAGUCGUCGUCAAAUCGUACCUACGAAAUUUUAUUCGAAACUCCAGAUGUAUCGUCACACUCUCGGACAUUUGUCGGCUGUUUACUGCGUCCUGUACGAUCGUACAGGCAGAUACGUUAUAACGGGAGCUGAUGAUUUACUUGUCAAAGUAUGGAGUGUACUCGACGGUCGUUUGUUAGCCACUUUUCGCGGUGCAUCCGCUGAAAUAAUGGACAUUACAGUGAAUUUCGACAAUACUCUGCUGGCUGCCGGAAGCUUAGAUCGUAUACUUAGAGUUUGGUGUUUUCAAACUAUGUCACCGGUUGCUGUUUUAUCCGGGCAUUCUGGUAUGAUAACAUCAGUUAAUUUUUGUCCAAUUUUAUGCAAUGGAAUUAAUUACUUGGUGUCAACAAGCACCGAUGGAUCGGUUGCAUUUUGGCCCCACACCAAGAAGUACAACGAACGUGCAGUUUUCCAGACAAAACCGAUUCAGUAUCAUGAAAAAAUGCGACCUGGACAAGCACAAAUGAUUUGUGCGUCGUUUAGUCCGGGUGGCGCAUUCAUGGCGGCCGGCUCGGCCGAUCAUCACGUUCGUGUUUACGCGAUGCUCGGUGACGAAGGUCCGCGCAGAGUUCUCGAAGUCGAAGCUCAUUCAGACACCGUAGAUAGCAUUCAAUGGGCUCACGGUGGCUUAAAAUUUAUUUCUGGCUCUAAAGACGGUACUGCUAACGUUUGGCAUUUUGAGCAGCAACAAUGGAUGCAUAAACGCCUCGCGAUGACAACGAAACUUCCUGGCGAACCCGAGUCCGACGACGAAUCAAGCAAAAAGACCAAAGUUACGAUGGUUAGUUGGGACGUUAGCGACGAGUGGGUAAUAACGGCGGUUAGUGACAGUUCGUUAAAAGUCUGGAACGCGCGGACAGGCGAAUUGACCAAAGUUUUGAGAGGACACAAGGAUGAAGUUUUCGUUCUCGAAUCUCAUCCAAUCGAUCCUCGAGUGAUAUUGAGCGCUGGACAUGACGGACAAUUAAUUAUUUGGGAUGUGUUAAACACCGAGCCGAUUGUUUCUUUUCAAAAUUUCAUCGAGGGACAAGGCAAGGGAGCAGUUUUCGAUGCUAAAUGGUCGCCCGAUGGUACUAUGCUCGCGGCUACGGAUUCUCAUGGUCAUUUAUUAAUGUACGGAUUUGGUUCUGGACCUGAAAAAUUGAAAAUUGUACCAAAAGAAUUGUUCUUUCAUACGGACUAUCGGCCGUUGAUUCGCGAUACCAAUAAUUAUGUUUUGGACGAGCAAACGCAAACAGCACCGCAUCUCAUGCCACCACCUUUUCUCGUCGACGUUGAUGGCAAUCCUUAUCCCCCUGCGUUACAGCGCUUGGUACCAGGACGUGAAAAUUGUCGUGGGGAACAGCUCGUACCAAAUAUUGCGGUUGGUGCUAGUGGAAUGCAAGAAGUGAUAGAAGGUCUGCCAAUGCACGAGCCUCGCUCGAACAUCGACAGGCUUAUAGAGGCUUUGGCUCAACGACAAAAUAUUCAUGGUCAAGAUGGAGAACCGAUUGAUGAACGCGAUGAAAAUGGCGAACCUCAAGUCCGUCAAAUAGCUAGUCCGCGUGGCCAUCGACCUGGUUUGCGAAGAGCUGGUGAUGUCGAGGGAAUUCGACAGACUAGCGGAAAUUGGCAAAGGGACAAUACGACGCCCUGGAACAAGCCGAUUCUUGCUCGACCCGUACAUCCCGCGAUACGCAAAACUCAAUCAAGAUUGUUAAAUGCAACUGCUGAAAUGGAAUUAGAAAAUUGGCGGCGCGAGAUGAAACGCAGACCUCAAGCAGCAGCGACGACGCUAGCGACUCAAGGAAAUAUUGGCACUCGAGCGGCCAAUCGGAAGCGCAACAGAGGCAUAAGACACGGCUACAGAACGCGAGCUGCGCGAGGAGAGGAGCAGGACGACGAUGACAUCGACAAUAUCGAUGAAGGCGGAUCCGGUAGUUCGGUUAGUAACAACAGCAACGAUUCUUCCGCCGAAGAAUUAAGCUCGGACACGACGACUUCCGAAUCCAGUAGCGAAUACUCAGACUGGAUCGCGGAUCACGGUCUCAAUCUCGAGCCACCAAAACGUAGCAAACGAAAGCGUGUCAACAAAGUUUCUAGCCCACCUUCCGGCGAUGCGGAUCGAAAGAGAAACGAGCCGCGAAAGAAGAAGUUACCAGUCGCACCUGCAGAGGUGACGGAUGUUCCGGAUAUUUUCCGUCCAUCGGAAUGGCUCACCGAAGCUGUGCCUCACAAAACGCCUUAUUAUCCUCAAAUGGGCGAUGAAGUAGUUUAUUUCCGUCAAGGUCAUCAAGCGUAUAUCGAUGCUAUUAGACGGAAAAAAGUCUACGAUCUCGGACCUCGAUCCGAACCGUGGGCGAAAAUUAAUUUGAGGGCACACGAAUUCGUUAAAGUCGUAGGAAUAAAAUACGAAAUUCGUCCCCCACGGUUAUGCUGCUUAAAAUUAGCUCUCAUGGACGAGGAUGGCCAUUUGACGGGUCAAAAUUUUACCAUCAAGUAUCACGAUAUGCAAGACGUCGUUGACUUUUUGGUUCUGCGACAAACAUUCGAUACUGCCCUCGGUCGUAAUUGGUCGGAGGGCGAUCGUUUUCGGUGUAUUAUCGACGAUAGUUGGUGGAUGGGAACGAUCGAAACGAUUGGACCGUACGACGAAGCUUUCCCCGAAUCUUAUUUCUUGUGUUUUGGAGUCCGAUGGGACAAUGGCGAAGAUGAAAAAGUUAGUGCAUGGGAUCUUGAAGCAGUUGAUUACGACAGACUUCCGUCCGUGGUCGGUGGAGCCGUUCCCGUUUUACCAGAGGAAUUGCAAACGAUAUUGUACCAACCGCAACCAGAAGAAUGGCCGAUGGGAGAUCGUGAAGCAGCUUGUCGUAGAAUAUCACGUGGUUUGGACCAAGUGAUGGGUUUGGCGAUAGCCGAGCCUUUCACAGCACCGGUCGAUCUUAAUCUCUAUCCUAUUUAUUCUUACAUUGUCGAAUAUCCUAUGGAUCUUUCGACCAUCAAAGCGAGACUGGAAAAUCACUUUUACCGUCGGAUUACGUCGGCACAGUUUGACGUUAGAUAUCUAGCCACUAACGCUGAACAAUUCAACGAGCCGCACAGUCAAAUAGUCAAACGUGCUAGAAUCAUCACCGACUUGUGCCUGAAAAUCAUUAAAGAAAAUGUCGAGUUGGACAUCCCGGCAGUUUAUCACCAGCUGGUCGACACUUAUCAUUCAUCAGACUCCGAAAUAGACGUCGAGUCAACGAGAGAACGACCUUCGACGAGCCGUCAAAGACCAACGACCUCACGAAAUUUAAGGUCUCAGGAAGUUUCCAAAGAUUGGAGAAUAGCGUGUCGGCAAUUGUUGGAAACUCUGUGGCAAUGCGAGGAUUCGAUACCUUUCAGGGAACCUGUCGAUCGAUUAGAAAAUCCAGAUUAUCAUCACAUAGUUGAUACGCCGAUGGAUCUACGGACCGUUAAAGAAGACUUGAUCGGCGGAAAUUACGAAAGUCCUCUAGAAUUUGCCAAAGACAUGAAACUGAUUUUUACAAAUAGUAGAAAUUACAAUACGAACAAAAGAUCACAGAUUUAUUUGAUGACGAUAAGACUGUCAGCGAUGUUCGAAGAACAUAUGCGAAAAAUAAUAUCGACUUGGAAAACAGCGAGACGACGAAGUGAAAAUGCCAAAGCAAAGGCGAAAGCGAAUCAAAGGAAAAAGGUUAAAACACGACUGACCAAUGGAGCUGGACCAUCGAGAGCUAAAAGCGAAGAUUCUUCGGACGAUGACGACGACAAUGUCAAUGGUGAAAAUGAUGACGAAGAGCCUGAAGAACCGGAAAGGAACGAAAUCGAACCAACGAGGCAACGAAGAAGGCCACAAAAUCCUGAUGCACCGGGACCGUCGACAUCGCGAAUGACAAACGGUCAUAGCAAGUCGGCAGGCAAUUCGUCUCGUCAAUUGAGAAAUUCGCGCGUGACGGCAUCGAAAAAAGUGAAAAACAGUGAGAGCGAGGCGAGUGAAAGUGAGAUGUCGAUGGAGAGUGACAGUAGUUUUGAGGAGACGAGACGCCGUACUCGAACGCGAAAGCCGGUUAGUAGUGUGGCCGACAGUGAUUCGGGCGACAGUUACAAGCCGGGAGCUCGUGGAAAGCAGACUCGAAAGAAUCGUGCGAAAAACAGUAAGAAGCCUCGUCAAAAGGUGCAGCCGAGGCGGUUGGUGGUGCAUGAGGAUGAAGAAGAGGAGGAAGAAGAACAAGAGGAGAACGAGGACGAGGAGCAGGAGAACGAUGCUAAAAGUUCGGGAGAUGAGAGUGAAGAAGAAGAGGAAGAGAACGAAAUUGUAACGCGCAAUACGACGCGAUCACGAACGACGGUCGUUAAGAAAACGCAGCAACGAGUACCACAAGGGAGCAACGCGAGCGAAGAGGGUGAAGACAGCGAAGAUUCCGACAGCGAGGACAGCGACGAGGUCGAUGACGACGAGGAGGGAGGAGAGCAACGCAGUGAAAACGGGCAAACCGCGAUUGCAGACAACUCGGACAGCGACGACGACGACGAUUCCGAGGUAAACGUCGAAUCAAGCAGAUCACAGAGAACCGUUCGUUCAACGAGGACUUCCGAAAACGACGACGAAGAGUGCGAAACUACACGAAGAAUCGGGAAAAGACCUCGUUACAACGUCGAUAGUGACGACGACGAUAACGAUGACGACAGCAGCGGCAACGCACCCGUUAGAAAUCGUCGCAGCGUUAAAAGACGAUAUUACGCAGAGGAGAGCGACGAGGAGGGUGUCGCCGAACCAGGCAUCAGCAUCAGCAGUCGCGGCCGCGUCAGAAAAAUGACUGCCCGGGCUCGUGCAUAUCUACGCGAAGCGCCCUAACGCUCUUUCCCAUGCUAUUAGAAAAUAAAUGUGUACAUAUAUAUGACAUUUCGAAAAUUGCGCUACCGAAGAUGUUUUUCGAUCCAAGUGGCUGGGAAAUUUCAUUCAAAAAUCUUCGUUCUAAUUCAAUAUUAGACACCGCGAUAAUCGUGUUAACUUCGUUUCAAACACACCCAUCACUGGUCAAAAAAAAUUGUGAAAGCGAAAUAUCUGCAAUAGCAAAGAAACUCCUUUAAUGCCUCGACAAAAAUUGAAAUCUCAUUCAAUACGUUGAGGCAAAUUAUUGUUCGGUCAAACGAGUAGUAGAGAAUUUCAUGAACUCUCGAUUAUUAUUUUCAUCUUUUUCUUCGAAGGAUACAAAGAACGAAAAUCACGUUCCAUCAUGUAUACAUUUUCGGCGCAAUCCUAAAAUCGUGAAUACGUAAAGUAUCCAACCGUGUGUUUUUCUCUCCUGGCCAUUCUUUUCGUAGAUUUAAAAUUGAAUAAUUUAAAAAUAGGUAACCACAAGGAGAAACAACCCACUGCCAACGUCGGAGCAAGUUUGUUAAAAAACAAAAAUCGAAAAAAAAACACUUCGCUUGUGUUGGAGCGUUUUAUUGGUGGUGUUCGAAAAAAAAAAACGAGAAUUGAUUGUAAUUAAAUUAGGUGUUAGGAGUACCUGGAUUUGUCGCUAAUUACAUUUCCCUUUGAAAUGAUGAGGUUGCAACGAAAAAAAAAAAACUGGUACCACGAAUAUUUUGCCUCUACUUCAUCGUUUUGUGGCACUCUGAGUUACUGAGACGACGUUUCAGACACGAAACCUUUCACUAUUGAAAAUAAAACCUUUUGUUUUCAUUUAA